ACAAUUAUAUAGAACCGUUCGUCCGAUGAUGCAUGAUCCAGAGAGACGUACGCAAUAGUUGGAUACAUCGGUGUGUGUAAGAUCGUGAAUUCCGUUCUCGGUGCGGGGCGAUGUAAUAGCGCAUCGAUAACGGAAGUAGACCGCAGACGAUUCGUCCAACAGCUGUCUCACCGUCACUUACACAGCUUGCCCGUCGAUGCGUCGGGUGAUACGUCAGCUCCGGAGGGCAAUUCGGUUUCGGAAACACGGGCCAAAGAUCAAAGAUCGUCAGAAAUUUGAAGCUGUUCUCGCGUCGUUCGCUGUAUAAAUUCAGUCGUUCGUCGACCGCUGCGUACAGUCACGCCGCGGUUCCGCUCGGUCCCUCGUGUGUCACUCGUGUCCUUUUCUCCUCCCUCGCACCUCUGGCGACACUGUACGUGCACACUGCACGCGCGUGCAUAUAAACGCCGCGUGUAUCGGUCCACCAAUACCAUUCGUCGACCCUUGGAUAGUAUAGUGAUAAUUUCCUCUUCUGCUCGUUGUGGGAAAAUUGAGUGUUAGUCGUUGGGAAUCGUCGAACUCGUUAGCAGGAAGCCGCGCGAUCGAAAAGUCAGGAUCGACGCGAACAAGAAGGGAAAUGGAAAAUUUCUGGCUGACGAGCGCCAUCAAGGCACUUUCGUACGUCUACGAUCUGCUGACGUUUCCGGUGUACCUGGUGCUCCAACGGCCGUGGGAAAAGCGUAAACUUUCGCGCAGGAUCAAGGCUCGUCCGGUCGCCAAGGAUGAAAACAAGAUCACGUAUAGGAGCGUCGACCCACCGAAACCUAUGCACGUCACUCUCGAGCGUGAGAACAUCGACACGCUUGAGAAGAUGCUGACCUGGGUCGCCAAAGUGCAUAACGAAAAAAUAUGCUUGGGGACUAGAGAUAUACUUGCCGAGGAAGACGAAGUUCAACCGAACGGUAGAAUAUUUAAAAAGGUAUAAGAAAAUUCGAUUCUGAACGUC